AUGAAGCUGAUCAUCAAGACAAUGACAGGAAAGGACCUGGAAAUAGAUGUAGAUUUGGCAGUGUCUAUUGGAGAGCUCAAGAUUGAGAUAGAAAAGCGUGUGAAGGUGCCUGCAGAGCAGCAAAGACUUGUGUGCAAUGGAAGGAUUUUAAUGGACGAUAAAGUCACGCUUUCUGAUCUUGUGAGCUCUAAAAGAAUGGCUUACUCAGAAAAUGUGAUUCACAUGGUUCUUGCACUGAGAGGAGGAUAG